CCACCAUCGUUCUCUCUCUCCUUCUUUCUCUCUCUCUGCUGUAAUCGUCAGUCAGCCGUAUCUCAAGUGUUUGGUAUCAACAACAAUUACCACUGCCACAACCACCUUAUACAUAUUAUUCUCACUUUAACUACAGUACCACAGCUACUAUUAUUGUUAUUAUUACUACUACUACUACUACUACUACCACUACUGCUAAUUCUGGUGUUGUUGGGGGAAAUCUUGCGACCAAGACACACCGUUUCAUCCGCCUCCUCUUCUUCUUCCUUCCACUGUAAAGUCAGUCCCGAUACAUUCAUCCAUACAACAAAGAAAAACAGAUUCCACUUCCUAGAAACGACACCUUAACCACACAGUCCACCCUUAAUAAUGCACUGUGUUAGGCAGAAAUCGGUGAGUGUUUUAUCUCGCCAGUGCUGUGGUGGAUUUCAUAAUUUAAUCCCGGGAUUCAUAGAGCCAGCCCCGAAAUGGAACCUACAACGUCAGCUUCGACGUACCAAAGUACUAUCGGUGGCCAGCAUGAAUCCCCAUGUAAAGGAAAUGGAAUACGCGGUUCGGGGACCAAUUGUUAUAAGGGCUGCGGAAAUCGAAGCUGAUUUAAACAAGGGAGUACCAAAACCAUUCACAGAAGUAAUCCGAGCCAAUAUUGGUGACUGCCAUGCGACAGGACAAAGCCCAAUUAAAUUUCUACGACAAGUUGUGACCCUUUGUGUUUUCCCUGAUUUGAUGACUGAACCUAAUUUUCCGUCUGAUGCUAAAGACAGGGCUCAACGAAUUCUCAAUGACUGUGGAGGCAAGAGUGUGGGAGCAUAUAGUGACAGUGCUGGCUUAAUGGUUGUGAGAAAAGAUAUUGCAGAUUUCAUUUCCAAACGUGAUGGACAGCCUGCAUCCUUUGAGAACGUCUACCUUUCCACAGGGGCCAGCGAUGGUAUUAAGACCAUCAUGAAAAUGUUGAUGACAGGAAAAUCUGGAAAGGACAGGGCAGGUGUAAUGAUACCAAUUCCUCAGUAUCCAUUAUAUACAGCUACUACUGCAGAGUACAAUGCUUAUACAAUCAACUACUAUUUAGAUGAGGACAACAAAUGGGCGCUGAACAUUCCCGACCUUGAGAAAUCCCUCGAUGCUGCCCGUCCACACUGUAAACCUCGAGCUAUUGUUGUUAUAAACCCUGGAAACCCAACAGGCCAAGUGUUAAGUCGCAAGAAUAUCGAAGACGUCAUAAAAUUUGCUAAGAGAGAAAACCUCUUCAUAUUAGCUGACGAAGUAUAUCAAGACAACGUUUAUGAUGAAAACUCCGAGUUCUUCUCUUUUAAAAAAGUCCUCACAGAAAUGGGACCUGACUACAACAAUGUGGAGUUGGCAUCCUUCAUGUCGUCUUCGAAAGGAUUCAUGGGAGAGUGUGGCUUCCGUGCUGGAUAUUUUGAAGCUGUGAACCUUGACCCUGAAGUCGUACCUUAUCUUAACAAAUCAAUAUCAGCAAAACUCUGCUCCUCCGUACCUGGGCAGGCCCUUAUGGAUGUGAUUGUCAAUCCACCAAAACCAAGUGAACCAUCAUACACACAUUUUAUGCAGGAGAAAGAAAACGUUUUGAGUCAGCUGAAAGAGAAAGCCCUUUUGACAACAAGUACAUUCAACUCAAUUGAAGGAAUGAAGUGUAACAUCCUCCAGGGGGCAAUGUAUGCAUUUCCUCGCAUCUUUUUGCCACCUAAAGCCAUUGAAACUGCAAAGUCUAUGGGUAUAAGCCCAGAUUUCCUCUACUGUUCCGAACUGUUAGAAGCAACAGGAAUUUGUGUCGUGCCAGGAAGUGGAUUUGGUCAACAAGAGGGAACAUACCACUUUCGUUCAACAAUAUUACCUCAACUGAAUGAACUGAAGAAGAUGAUGUGUGGCUUCCAAGAAUUCCAUGAGAAAUUCAUGAACAAAUAUAAGUGAUGUGUUGACUAUGAUGAGGAUGAUGACAACAUUUGUAAUGUAUACGACAAUGAUGAUGAUGAUAAUUAUGAUGUCAUGUCAAUUUAAACAAGGAAAAGAAUAGAUUAUAUUUUUUUAUAUGUUUAUCAAUUUUUCUUUCUUUUUAAAAUUUUUUUUUGAGAAAUUUAAAAAUUUUAUACGUGUUUAUUAUUUCAAGUUUUAUUAUCGACCUUCUUCUCCCCACUUCCUCUGACCCCGUCUUCCAAAGUGCAGCUCUUUUUCUGUCAUGUGGUUCCCAUUCAGUGCUGAUAUUUUUUAAUGUUCUAUUUUGUGCACGCACCCACACACACGCAUAUAUAUUUAUAUACAAAUGCCCAGGAUAGAUCUGGGAAGAUGGGAAGAUCGAUCAUAGUUCAAAUAAGGACUCAAUACACAAUUAUGUAGAGUGUAUAUUUUAUUGUUGCUGUUGUUAUUAUUAUUAUUAAUAAUAAUAACAAUAAUAAUAAUAAUAAUAAUAAUAAUAAUAAUAAUAAUAAUAAUGAUAAUAAUAAUAAUAAUGAUAAUAGCAACAGCAGCAAGAGGCCCUAUAAAGAGUUUAUCCAUUUUCAACAUUUCAACUGAACUGUGAAACAGAUAAGAGAUAGCUCUCUAGAGGUCCUCUCGUUAAUAU